AACGAAAACUUUUCACUUCCUUAUUCCCCUUUAACCACUUCCCUUUUGCUUGACAGUCGUAGCAUGAAGCAAGGGCCACAAUGCUUACAAUUCAUAUCACAAAUGUUUUUCGGCUUUCUUAAAAUGAGGUUGGUUGUAUUGCAGCUAUAGAAGGGAUCGCUUGGAGCUGCGGCAGUUCAACGUGUGACAGACUGCUGAGGUGAGAUGGAGGCAGCAUACAGAGACCUUUACCGGGAGUUUCUUCGUCUGAGAUCUCUUUGUCUUAGGCAGGCAGCUCUAUUGCACCGUCUCAUGACAACCCUACAGAUGACCAAAGGUGCUCCUAAUGGAGACUUAACCGUCGAGCGUAUCCAGGAAGUCGUAGCGCAUUUCCAGGGAAACCCAAUAAGUGCACACAAGCCUGCAGCGCAGUCUGAUAUGUAUGCGUUCCCACAAAAUGAGGGCACAUCUCGUAUCCUGGCUGAAGAUAUGUCCAGACUCAGCAUGACGGCACCUGAUGGCAAAGCACAACAAAAGAUGUCAUUAGGACAGGACCCUUUAAUAAAUAAGUUUUCCAGUGAUCCUCCCAGUGGAGGCGGGAGCCAUCCGGACUCCAAGAGGAUGUCUCUUUCAGACCGUCAGUUCCUCGACUUUGACGUCCCGAGUAUUCCAGGUAGAUUUCUGAUGUCAGACGUGGCGCUUCAAUCUCUCGUGUGUGAAUUCUGCCAGGCCGUUUUUCCGGAUCACACAACCACCAGGGGGGAGUUCCUGCAACAUCUCCACAACCACGUCACCUAGUUACCAUCGCCAAGGACAUGAAGUUAGAUAUUUCUCUUCAUAAAUCCUCAUUCAACUCUUAAAACAUCCAUGAUUUAUGCAAAACAUGGCAGUAGUGAAUCUUUAAAGGUAAAUUCAAACUGUUGACAUAAUGGUUAGGCAGGACAAAUGUAUAGGUGCUAUCUACACAAUAGUUAACAGGAAGGUGUUUGCAGAGUGAUACUGUCACCCACUGCUGUUUUAUGCAUAUUGCAACUGUUGGCUGGAGGCAUAAACAGGUUAGCCAUGUAGAGGAACUUAAAUAUAUUUUAUAGUUAUUCAUGCAUGACUUGCAUAAACAGAUUUUGGAAUUCUGGACCAAUUAAGUGAAAUGGGAUUAUUAACCACAGCACACUUGAUGAUGGAUAAUUUCACUUAAUGGAUCAGAUUUCACAGCGUGCCUCGAGAUUUAGAUGUUACAUAAGUUUCAAAGAGUAAUGAGCCUCUCUGGGUUAUUGGAAUGGAAAAAAAACAAUAACAGAUUGUCACUGUGUGUGUUUGCAAUCCAGCUUUCACUGGUUAUCUGUCAGCUGCUCAGUGCUGUGUUGCUGAGGAGGGAACACCGAAGCUAAGAAUAGCCUCCGAGAAUGAAGGCGUUAAUUAGCACUGGUGACAGCUGAUUGAUGACACUGUCUUCCUCUGCCUUCAAUCCCCGUCAUUCUUCCAUAAUCACUGUGGAAAAUAAUUGAAGCUUGUGUGGAUAUAAUUGUCUUGUAUUAAAAUACAUUCAUUUGCAUUAUCUUCAAA